AUGCCGCCCACCAACGCCCCACCAUACUCUUUCAAGCCGGUCGAACCCGUGUCAUCAACCGAAGACGGCGCUUCCACCAGCCACUUUCGCGCUUUCAUUCGCUCCUCACGCCCAAUCGAAUCGGUGCCAGACUCGGAAGGCGAGGAGCUUUCUUCCGACGAGGACGACGAUGAGAAUCAAGACCCGCGCUCUCGAAAAGCGUCACCAUCCUCUUCGAAGCAACUCACCCUGGAACCAGAAGAGUUCCGCAUCGGCGAUGUCGUCUACCUUCCCUCGUCCUACCAAGCUCCUCUUGCAGGGGUGCUUACACAUCUCUGGACAGACGCUUCUGAGGAGGGCAAGAUCUUUGGCGUAUGUCGACUACUCCAUUGGCCAGAAUGGAUGUCGACCAUGGCCAAAAAACGCAUGGCCGGCAUCACCAGCCGACACGAAAUUUACUACACCCACAAAGCCACUAGCCUCAACAAGCGCAGGACCAAGACAAGUGCAAGGUCAGGCAAGGAAGGCGACACUUUCGAGGCCGGUCCUUCACUUCAUGACUACUCGUUCGACGUCGACGAGAUCAUCGCCAAGGUGCACAUUCACUCGAGCCAACCAGAGUGUUCGAAAGCCAUCAAGGAGUCUUCUGCGCUUUCGACGAUUCAGCCCAAUCUCCCUACCGACGACUCCUCAGAAGCAGCAACCGUAACCCCAAAUGCGAGCGGCAAGAAAAAGGCGGCGAAGACGCACACCCUCUACAAAAACAAGUCGUUCCCGACGCAUCUCUUCUGCGAGCGUGCAGUGGAUCCAAAUCGAGAACUCUUCUGGAAGAUCGAUUGGGCCAAGUUGAUCGAAAAGGGAAAGCAGGGUGCAGGUUGGGACCUCAAAGACGACUCUUCCGAUGUGGCCACUUCGCAGGGUCAAGGCGUCAAAGACCUCGUCGAGCAAGUGCAGAGGGACACCAAUUCUGCCUCCGGGGAACGUCUCAACACGCCCCAAAAGACACGCGUCCGGGCCUCUACACCUUCCUCCGUGGUUCCCGCCUCGGACCUGGCCUCGUCAUCCAGGCCCAAUCGCACUCGGUCCACGGGCACUCCUUCAUCCAUUGCCGACAUGAACGAUUACACUCCCAAACGCCGACCUGGACGGCCGCGUAAAGAGGACUCGCUCUCUGCGGGCGUCGCAGCUCCCAAGCGCAAGUACAAUCGCAAAAAAGCCAACGGCGGCUUCUCAUCCGAUUCCGACGUAGCCUCCGACGACUCGUUCCAGAGCGGCGACGAGUUCUUGGUCGAAGACAACUUGCUCGUUAAAGCACGACACCUCGACACGCCCGAUUCGUCCGACAAUGAGGGUUCGCAGUUCAGUGCCCCUCCCAGCGACGUCGAUGUCGAUGUUGAUGACGACGACGACGAUUUCGGCAAGACGUUCAACCUCACGCCUCGAAAACGUGCCAAACUUGCGAACGAUGCUCCACCCAUGACACCUACCAAACGACGUGUACUGUCCACUCCGCAAAAGAUGGCCUUGGGGCUAGCGAGUCCCGCCAAAGCGCAAGCGACACCUCGAUCCAAAGCGCGUCUCAUGGGUCUCAAAGCACGAAGCUUACCGCAUCCGACGUUACCCGCACGGCCGCCCAAACUUUCACUGUUGCCCAACGAAGAUGCACAGAUGCUCAGCCCGCACGACCGCGCCAAACGGUUGCUCCACGUCGGCGCCACGCCCGACCAUCUGCCCUGCCGUGAAGACCAGUACGAAGAAAUCAUGGCCUGCGUCGAGGACGCUGUCGAGGAAGGCAUCGGAGGCUGCGUCUACGUCUCUGGCGUGCCCGGAACCGGCAAGACUGCGACAGUCCGAGAGGUCAUCCGUGCACUCACGGCCCGGGCGGAACGCAACGAGAUGAACCCGUUCUCGUUUGUCGAGAUCAACGGGAUGAAGCUGGCAGAUGCGUCGCAGGCGUACACGCUGCUGUGGUCGGCGAUUUCUGGAGGACAGCGGACAUCCCCGAAAACGGCGCUGGGGCUGUUGAGCUCGCAUUUCGCGCGUGUAGGGGCCAAGAUGUCUGGUGGCGCUGCGGGCGGCGCGGGCGUGGGCGCGGGUCCAGGAAGGGCGGCGACUGUGGUUCUGAUGGACGAGCUUGAUCAGCUGGUGACUGCGAGGCAGGAUGUGAUGUACAACAUGUUCAAUUGGCCCAACACGAGGGGUUCGAGAUUGGUGGUCAUUGCGGUGGCCAACACGAUGGAUCUGCCCGAGAGAACGCUAAACGCUAAAGUGGCGAGCAGGUUGGGCAUGACGAGGAUCACGUUCAUGCCGUACACCGAUCGACAGCUCGUCGAGAUUGUCAAGUCGCGCCUUGGCAUCACCGCGGACUCUUCCACGGCCGAGGCCGACCAGGAGACGAGUGGCGCAUGCAGCGGAGUGCUCAGCAUCGACGCGAUCACGUACGUUUCGAAACGUGUCUCAAACGUCUCUGGUGACGCACGACGCAUGCUCGACGUGUGCAGACGCUCGAUCGAGCUCGUCGAACUCAAGGCCAAAACCACUGGUCUGACGGUGCCUAAACCGGUGACGAUCCUCGACAUGAAGAGCGUGCUCGACUCGAUGGUCAAAUCGGGCAAAGUGUCGCACAUCCUCUCGCUGCCGUUGCACGCCAAGACCCUCCUCCUCAGCCUGCUUUCAUGCCUGCGCAGGAGCGGCUUGGCAGAAGCAGAGCUCGCAGAUGUCAGCAGUCACCACAAAGCCAUCUGUAGAAUGUACGCCAUCACCUCAGCGUCAGAGGAAGGCACGUCGCUCAACGCCCCACUUGCCACCUUGACGUCGCUCGGGCUCGUCAUCUGUGUAGGCCAAGGUGCAGGAACGGGAAGAGCGGCUGGCUUCGCGAGAUUAAUGCUGGCUUGUCAGGAGGAUGAGGUCAGACUGGCAUUCGAACACGAUCCGGACGAACGCCUGCGCAAGAUGCUCUAG